AUGGAUGAAGUAACCAUUUCAUGUUUAGGAUUGCUCCUUCAAGAGUUUUUUAACCCAGCAGAAGUUAUUGACAGUAUUGAUUUUUGUCUGACGAAUGAGGAUUAUGAUUUGUUAUUAAUUAAUCUAAUUAGAGAAACUCAUUUUCGUUCAAUUUGGAGUGAAGAUUGGAUCAACAAAUUUACUGCUAGAGAUUUUCACAAAUUAUUUAGAAUGACACAAGAUACAUAUGGAAAUCUAUUAACAGCAUUAAGUGUCAAUUCUGAAUUAAUAAAACCAUACACAGGAGGAAAUAAGCCUGUCUCAUUUCAUAAAAAAGUUCUUAUAAGUCUCUGGUAUUAUGGUAGAGAAAUGUCUAUGCAUGCAAUUGGUAACCAGUUCGAUACUGCAACUUCAACUGUUUAUAAUAUUGUUCAAGAAGUCACUGAUUGUCUUUGUAAUAGUAUGGCUAAAAAAUUUAUCACUUGGCCCAACAUUAAAGAAUGUACAAUAAUUGAAGAAGGAUUUAGAGUGAGAGCUAAUUUUCCUAAUGUCAUUGGUGCGAUUGAUGGUUGUCAUAUUUCUGUAAAAGUUCCAUCUCUAGAACAAGACAGCUACACAAACAGAAAGAUGACCAAAAGUAUUAUUGUUCAAGCAAUUUGUACAUCCAACAAGAUAUUUACAAAUAUUUGUGUUGGGUAUCCAGGUCGUGUUCAUGAUGCUCGGGUGUUUAAAAAUUCUGAAAUAUUCAGUAUUAUGCAAAAUGAAGGGCCAAGCUCUUUAUUCUAUGACAAAUAUUAUUUAUUGGGCGACUCAGCUUAUCCAAACUUAUCAUGGCUUAUAACUCCAUAUAAAAAUUAUGGAAAUCUAUCAGCAAGAAAAAGGAAAUGGAACUAUUUUCAUUCUCAAACAAGGGUCGACAUUUAA